AUGGUGUAUCAUUAUGGCGUGAACGAGUCCAGUAAUGGAUUUCUCGUGUCUCGUCCUUUUGGACGCCAGGAGGUAACGGGACCUCCUCCACGGAGUAAUGGCACAAUGGCAGGGAUCAUCAGACGGGGAAGACUGCGGUGUGGAGUUGGUGUGUCAUCAUCUGUGCCUGCAGUAGAGAAACAACAAGAGCUUGCCGACGGGCUUGUGGGUCUUCAGGGGAUGGACGUGGAAUUCUGUAAAGCGGUAGCCUCCGGUCUUCUGGGUUCUUCCGAGACGUUGGAGGUAGUAAAGGUUGCAAAUGACACAAAGGGCUUUUCACUGCUGCAAGACGGACAAAUCGACAUUCUUGCGGGUGCUCCGUGGAACAUUGAAACUGAAGUAAGAGAGCUCACCACUGGCGUUGGAUUCUCAUUCUCUCAGCCAUACUUUUACAUUACCACUGUUGUGGACAUCGUUGGAAGCAACAUGCUAUCCAACCGUUGCUUGGCCACUCGGCAAUCCGAUCAUGAAUGGGCAACGGUAGUAAAAUGGAUUGUGGAAGCCAUUAUCUUUGCUGAAGAAAAUGGAAUCACAAAGGAGACAUCCAACAAAAUGCCUGCUGUCUCUCUGUACGGAAUUGAACUCAGUCGCAUAUUCCGCGAUGCUGUGAACGAUGUUGGCGACUAUGCCGAUAUCUGGAAUCGCACUGUUCCAGAAACUAUUCCAAGACAAGGAAGGAAUCUGCUUUUUGACGGCGCGAACCCUUCCCCUUUGAUUCCAAUCAUACCAGGGUUGCUGGAGUACUAG